AUGAAGGAACGAACACGUAAAUCGCCUCCUCGCUCUUCUGCAGGAGGCCCCAACCGGUGGGCCGGUUGUGGUUUUUUUUAGCCAGACCCGAGUGGUGCUGCAGCGCCUGGCGAAGCGGCAAAUGGCCCCGCCCAGGCCCAGCCGGUCGCUGCUCGCAGUGGCUGCAGCGGUCGGCUGUUGUGCUAGUCCGCGGCGCUCCCUCACUUUGAGACGCAGACAGGUACCGCCCUCUCGCUCGCAGUCCCGGCGGCACAUGGGGAGAUGCUUCUCGGCUGCGCCCGGUUAAUGUCGGGGAGGGGGCUUCGCUUCUUGCGCUCGCCGCCGCCUUGUCUCUUUUGGUCCAUCUGAGCCAUGUCCGCCAGAGUGGCCCAUCCUCAGGAGCCUCCUCAUCCCACAGAGAAGCCUGUCAUCCACUGCCACAAAUGUGGGGAGCAGUGUAAAGGAGAAGUACUUCGAGUUCAGGCCAAGCAUUUUCACAUUAAAUGCUUUACUUGCAAAGUGUGCGGGUGUGAUUUGGCUCAAGGAGGCUUUUUCAUUAAGAAUGGCGAUUACCUUUGCACUGUGGAUUACCAGCGGAUGUACGGGACCCGAUGCAAUGGCUGUGGAGAGUUUGUGGAAGGAGAAGUUGUAACAGCUCUGGGGAAAACCUAUCAUCCCAACUGCUUUGCCUGCACUAUGUGCAAACGUCCUUUUCCACCAGGAGACCGGGUUACCUUUAAUGGAAGAGACUGUCUCUGUCAAAUGUGUGCUCAACCAAUGGCAUCCAGUCCAAAAGAACUUGCCACUUCCAGUAAUUGUGCAGGCUGUGGAAGAGAUAUAAAAAAUGGACAAGCCUUGCUUGCUUUGGAUAAGCAAUGGCAUCUUGGGUGCUUCAAGUGCAAAGCCUGUGCGAAGGUUCUAACUGGAGAAUACAUCAGCAAAGAUGGUGCCCCUUACUGUGAAAAGGACUAUCAAGUUCUCUUUGGGGUCAAAUGUGAAGCAUGCCAUCAGUUCAUCACUGGGAAGGUCCUAGAAGCAGGAGACAAACAUUACCAUCCAAGUUGUGCACGAUGCAGCAGAUGCAACCAGAUGUUCACAGAAGGAGAAGAAAUGUAUCUGCAAGGUUCUACAGUUUGGCACCCCGACUGUAAACUGUCUACAAAGGGAGAUGAAAAGCUAAGGCCUACCCGGACAUCCUCAGAGAGUAUUUAUUCAAGGCCUGGAUCCAGUAUUCCUGGUUCACCAGGACACACAAUCUAUGCAAAAGUAGACAAUGAGAUCCUUGAUUAUAAAGAUUUAGCAGCCAUUCCCAAAGUCAAGGCAAUCUAUGACAUUGAGCGUCCAGAUCUAAUUACUUACGAACCUUUCUACACUUCUGCCUACGAAGAAAGACAAGAAAGACAGAGCCUUGGAGAGAGUUCAAGAUACGGCAGUUCUCCUGUGCAUGAUGAAAGUUCACCAAGGACACUCUCUCCAACUCCAUCUGCAGAAGGUUAUCAGGAUAUGCGAGAACGAAUGAUGCACCGGUCAACCAGUCAGGGGUCCAUUGGUUCCCCUGUAUACAGUCGCCAUAGCUACACUCCCACCAUGUCCCGCUCGCCUCAGCAUUUCCACAGACCAGAUCAAGGGAUCAAUAUUUAUAGAAAACCACCCAUCUACAAACAGCAUGAUGCAGCUGCUCUGGCAGCCCAGAACAAGUCUUUCGAUGAUAUCAUCAAGUCCUCCAAGUUCCCAGCAGCCCAUGCUCCAGCACCCAACGAGAUUCCAAAGAUUGAGACAGAAUACUGGCCAGGUCCUCCCUCACUUGCGGCUGUAGUAGGUUUUGAUAUGAGACGCCGAUCCACUGGUAGAGAUGAAGACCUAGAAGAACUUCAGAGGCGCCGACAGCUGCAGGAGGAACAGUUAAUGAAGCUAAACUCAGGCCUGGGGCAAUUGAUACUAAAAGAAGAGAUGGAAAAGGAAAAGUCUUUACUUGCCAGCAGAUGUUACGAUUCUCCAGCUAAUUCAUGCCUUUCUCCUUCUCAUGCUGCUGCUUCUAAAACUUCUUCACUGCCUGGGUAUGGACGAAAUGGACUCCACAGGCCGAUGUCCACAGAUUUUGGUCAGUACAACAGUUAUGGAGACGUGAGCAAUGCAACUCGAGAUUACCAGUUUAACCCAGAUGGUCUCGUCACUGGAAUGCGAAUGGACCGAGGGGUGUCUAUGCCUAACAUGUUGGAACCAAAGAUAUUUCCUUAUGAAGUACUCAUGGUGACCAACAGAGGGCGAAAUAAAAUUCUAAGAGAAGUGGAUAGAACCAGGUUGGAGCGUCAUUUAGCGCCUGAAGCUUUUCAAGAAAUAUUUGGCAUGACGAUACAGGAAUUUGAUAAGUUACCUCUCUGGAGACGCAACGAUAUGAAGAGGAAAGCCAAGCUCUUCUGAAUUCUUCUUUCUUGGGAGAGGGAAGAUAUCAUAUAAUAGGAUAAUAUAUUAUAAUCGAGUCCAAACUCUUUUUGGAGAGCAAACAAUCAUGAAGGUGGGGAGGAGAGAAGGGACAAUCUGAGAAAGGCACAUACUAAUGCCUUGAGAUUGUGCAAUGGCCUGUCAAGCUUGCCAUAGGGAGAGACAUGAAAGGUUCUUUGUUCAAAUCUCAGUCAUGGUUUUCACUCAUCAAGUUUUUAUAUGGCAUAUAUAUUCAGUUUUCUGCCUUCCUCAUUUUCCCUUGACUUUCAUUCAAAGGUUGGGGAUACUAAUUGAGAAAACCCAGGAAGUGCCCGUAGGAUGCCAGCUCACAAUUUUGUGGUCAUGGACUUUCCAAGCAAUGAAUGAAUAUAUUCUAUAGUUAAGGAAGGAGUCCUGUGUAAUAUAUUUAUCCUCUGGGCACAGCUAUUGCAGCUAAUUGGCCUUAUUGUCAAACGGCUUAUUCUUUCCGCAGGACCCAUCAAUAAAAUAGGCUGCUGAACAGAAGUAUUCUGCUGUGCUGCAUACUGGCCAAUUUUUUGGAUAACAAGCUCCCAGCUUGCACUUGCACAUAUCUGGUAGUAAAUUGCCAUUUACUGUUUUGUUGUUGAAACUCUUUGUUCCUCCAUCUUUCCUUGCAUUAACUGGAUAUAAUUUUUGCUUUAAACCUCUUGGUUGAAAAUUAACAAGAAGAGCAAGCACAUAAACCCAAAAUUGGUUUCUUGGUUUAAUGAUGAAGGAGUUAUUUCAACUGUCAUGUUAAAUGUAAGCCAUAGUGUUAUGCAAUCUUAGGUUUAAUUUAGAUGUGACCUUUGCUGUGUGAAAAUCACUAUGACAUAGUGUGGUCACGCAUUGUUUGCUAUGCUUCAAAAUAAGCACCGCGUGGGCCAAUGUAUUGAUGUUGUUCCUUUUCAUGUUAAAAUAAACAAUAUUAAUCACGCUGGUCCAUGAAAAAUGGUCUGUACUGGGCCAAUAACUUAUUGUGAUCAACUGAAAGGCAUACAAUCAUGUUUAAACUCUGAAACUCUCUCCAGUUCUCCUUUCAUAAGUUGUAGGAUCUGAUACAUGAUCAUCUUUCAUAGGAUCUAGAAUAGGUGUCACCAUGCCGUCAUCCUUAUUUGGAAACUGAAGAUUGAAGAGUGUUUUGUGAGUAGAACGAAUGACAAGCAAGUCAAAAGAUUGGACAUUUUCAAAGUACUCUACAUAGCCUGUUCCAGGAUUGGAAUAGCAUUAUUCAAUCACUAGUACCAUCCAAUUGCAAAGGUUACAUUUGAUUUUUUUAAAAAUGUCUAUCAGAAUAGUGAACUUGGAAAUUUUAUUAUAUUUUAACUAUUAUACGGAGUGACUUUGCUGCUACACAGUGAUCAUUCAAGCUAUUUUCUUGUAUGCACUGAUAAUAUUGCACAAUAUGUCAUGUUGAACAAUGUUUAAUUUUAUUUUCUUCAUGUAAUCACUCAUUAUUCAUAUAAGAAGACUUGAAUUUUGUGUUAUUUUACUAUACACAGUUUCAAAUAGAUUAUUUACUAUCAGUGCCUGGGGGAAAAAAACCUUGGGCAAUUUCUGAAUCAAAUGAUCCGCUCAACUACAUGCAGCCUUUUUUUUUUAGAGGAUAUUGUGUGACCUGGCCUCUUGUCUACCUAAAUUGCUUUAUAGGUUGUGUAUCUUCCGUAAGGGACACAUAAAAUUUUCUUCUGUAGAAUCAGAAGCCAUUUUUGGCUGACAAUAGGGUGCAGUGAUACAUUAAUUUUUUUACCUGAGUGAUAACUGCUACUAUAUAAAUUUUUACUUUUUCUCUUUUAAUGUGCAGUUUCUGCCAACAGUGUAAUCCUAUAUGUAUAUAUACAAUACUUUAUACUAAUCUAGAAGCAAAAAUUCACUAAAUUAAAUGAAGCUUGUCAUUUAGUAAGUCUGUGUAGCAUAGAUGAGGAACCUGUUGCUCUCCAGAUGUUGCAAGACCCCCAUCUCCCUGCUUUCCUUACCAUUAGUCCGGGGGUGGGGGCAGAGGACACUUGGUAAUGUUAUUCAACAACAUCUAUAAGGCUACAGAUUACAUAUCUCUUCCCCUGUUUAGAUAGCAAUUGUUAUUGUAAGGUUUAUGCAGGAAGGACUUGUAGUAUUUUUUGCUCUUACACUUAAGAGCUAAGCAUAGGUGGUUUCCAGUGGCAUAUCUGAAUUUACAACAGGUGAUCAAGAUACUAAUGGCUAAUCUCUUUGCUCUUAGUUUAUUAUCCUCCUAAAUUAGGCUACUAGAUCUGGUCUGCAAAAAUCCAGAGGACCAUUAUGUGGAAACAGACAGAAGAAUUUUAUUUGCAGCCAUUUAAUGAUUUUUGCAGCCUGUGUAGAAAAUGAUAAAGAGGUUUUUCAGCAUAUCAGUACAGAUGUUUAGAAGAUUGUUUGGCAGAAUUCAUGUAAAAUGUUAACUUCGUCAAAUGCUGAUCAUUCUAUCACAUUGUAAUUAAGUGUGAAAGGAUGUUCACCAAGAGAGACCCAGAUCAAGAGUCUGUGCAGUUACCAGCUACCAAGAUUCUGUGAAUUAAGCGUAAACAAAGGAUUGGAUAUGAUUGGAUUUCACUGGGCUUGGGCCUAACAAUAGGAGUAGUAACGGCACAGACAUACUGGUGAUAUGUUACUGUUUGUGGGAAUGUAUCACCUGGCCAAGGAUACUUUUUCUCUUGCCUACUUCAUAGGUUCCUGCAAACUGAUGUCCUCCAAUAUCCUAUACUGGAAUUAAUAUAUUCUAGAAAUUAAAAUCCGAAAUAGCUGAAGGGCACUGUUAGGCAAUAGUGAGAGAAGGUUGCCCAAUAAUCACAAGAAUAAAUAUACUACGACAGGGGUGAGGGGGCAAUCAUGACACAUGACAGUUUUCAUAUUUCUAAUUCUAUUAUAUCAGGCAAUAUUAUCAAUUAAAACAAAUUAUAGCAGGAGUCAGGAGGCUCAAGGAAACUUUAAAGUGACAAUGUGUAGUUGUGUUUGAAUUCUGUAAUUUUCUGUAAUUAUGUAUUUGACUGGCCUAUUAAACUAGCUGUAAUUUAGCCAAGAGGACAAUUUGACGAGUGAUUUACAAAGGAAUGUGCUGUUUAUCAGAGCAAUUGGGCCUUUGUCCCAAAAGCAAAUUCUGGACUGCAAGCCAAUCAGUUGAAAGAGGGCCAUCCAAGCUGCCUCUUUUCCUGGACAUAUUAUUGCUUCAACUGCACAUCGAUGGUUUCUGUGUGAUUAGGCAUCCUUUCUGACAAAUGAGCUCUGGACAGACAUUUGUAUCUGGUGCACAGAAAGGAUUAAAGCAACGUAUCCUAAUUGCAGUUCAUUAAAUUAGCCAAAAUCCAGCCAUAUCUGUGCUUCCUCUUUUUUCAUUCAGGAUGUUUAUAUCUUGAAAAUUAGAAUAGUUGCUUCUCACCUCCUCAUGGAAUGAAAUCUCCAUUGCCUUUUAUUCUUCAAUUGCAUUUCCUUAAGCUGAGCAGUAAGAGGUGUAACCUACAGCAUGGUUACAGCAUGGCUGCUAUUUGAAAUCAUUCCAUGUAUGCUUCAUAUUGCCUGGAAAGCCAAGCAUUUAUUGGUUCCAAUCACAAAGUCCAGUGCAAUGCCACUCAUUCUUCAUUAAUCAAUUUUGAUUUAACAAAACCUUAAUUCUAUAUUCUGUUUCCACACAUAUGGAGCAAUAACACAUUUUACCUUUUAGAACAGGGGUGUCAAACUUGCACAGUGGCGUCACGGGACAUAUCGGGGCUUUCCCCCUCUUUGCUACACCGGGUAUAAGUGGCCAGCGCAUGACGCAUCUGGCUCGCAGGCCACAAGUUUGACAGCCUUGUUUUAGAACUAAGAUAUUAUAGCUAACUUAACAUAUCAUUCCAAUGCUUUGCAAACUCUCUCACACCCUGAAACCAAAAUAGGGGGGAAGGGGUUACUAAAAAGAAUGCAGAUGAAUUCAUGAUUGGACAAUUAGUUCAUCUCUGACCAAUCCCUGUAAUAGUCUGUAAUUCCAGAAAAAUGGGCGAUCAGAAAUGAAAACUGAUGAUGAUCCUUAAAGAAUGACAAUUCCUAGCAUUGUUCAUCAGUAGUUGGGCUCUUCUUUUGCAAAAUGACAUUGCAAUUGGAUUUCUACAAUUUCAGGAUGAAAAUGAAUGUUGUUCUGUGUGUUCCACUAUUAUUUGCUAACAUAUGAGCAUGACAUACUUCUGUAAUAAAGCUUACAAUUAAGGAUAGAUCAGUUUGGUUUUUUUUUUAAAAAAAAAGCUUGGCAAGUAGUCCUCGACUUACGACACAAUUGAGCCAAAAAUUCUGUUGUUAUUAAGCGAGAUAUUUAUUAUGUGAGUGUUGCCAGGAAAUUGCAACCAUCAUAAAUAUGAGUCAGUUGCCAAGCAUCUAAAUUUUGAUCACAUGAUUAUGGGGUGGGGUCAUAAUUAUGGGUAUUAUGGGGUCAUAAAUGUGAAAAACAAAAAAGUCACUUUUUUCAGUUGUAACUUCGAAAGGUCACUAAAUGAACUGUUGUAAGUCAAAGACUACCUGUAUUUAUUUUGUGAGGAAGUAUAAUUUAUUUGGGAGACUACUUCCCAAUUAUAUUAAUUUUAUAAAAGAAGACUUAAAGAGGUCUUACUACAAAUAUAAAGGACCGAAAAUCAGCAAAAAUAUUUAAUAUGGUGCUAAAAAUUGAACUUAUUAGAAAAACUGAGCUUUUUCUCUCUAUUGUUUUACAAAUGUGCUAAUGACUUGAAGUGCUAUUGUAUAAAUAAUUCGAUUACCCAACUACCUUCUUACCACUAUCAUCAUCCCCCACCUUAUAUGUAUCCAAAACACAUUUUAGCCAAAUUUUAAGAUUCUUUUUUUAAAAAACACUGAUUCAAUUGUAUUCGAAUGGGAAGAGUAGUACCAAAGCUGAGGAGAAGUAGAUGGACUUCACUGUAGUGAUGCACAAAUUCACCACCACUAUUUGAUAAGUUAUUGCACACAGCAAAAUCACAUCUCUUAAAAAUGCAAGUAAAUGUCAAAAGAUUAAUAAGCAACAUAUGGCUAUUGCAGAAUGAAUACUGUACUGUGGAAGCACAGCAGAAUGCAGAUUGUCAUCAUGGAGGACAUGUGAUGUGUAUUGUUCAAUUAUUUACCUUUGUAGUGCUGAGGGGGUUGGGAUUCAGAAACUAUAUGACAAGAAAAUUAUCUCCAGAAGGACAUUUUAUUGGUGCUUAUUUACAUUGUAUGAUGCCCAUUCUUCUGUUGUAUAUUUCUUCUGCAUUUUUAGUGCAAUCUACUAAAAACUGAUAUUUUGGUUCUGAUCCUUUUUCAUGUUACAAUUCCACCUUCCCACUUCCAGGAAAACUGCAUCAGAAAUAUAGUAUGAAGAAAUGAAGCUAAAUUGCUUUUCAAAACAGAGCUGUUAAAAAUAAUUUAUUCCUUGGUUUGGAAAAACAGUGAUGGCUCUCCAAGAUUGUCAGAGCAAGCUUGAUUCCAAAUAUAUAAAGUCAAGAAACAUAAAAAGGAUCUUUAAAAUAUUUUUUCAAUGUGCAGAAUGGUUUCUAAAAGAAAGAAUGAAUAUGUUUAGUUUCACACUCUUGGGUUAUUCAUCCAUGUGUAAAAAUACUGCAAUGACACAACAUAAGUAUGUUCUUUGUUUCCCAAAGGGUUCUAUGUAAAAUCACCAAAACAUAAAUUCUGCUGUAAGUUCCUAUAAAGUUAAUUUAUGGCAAAUGCCUCUUCAAGAAUAUAGAUUUUAAGGGUAUGGAUUUUACAUCCAAAUUUAAGGCUAUCAGAUUUGAGUUUCAAAAAUCUGGUAAACCAUAAAUUGGAAGGACAAGGUAUUGAAAAAUAUUUGUAUUGUUAUAUCAUGAUUUUUGCAUGCCAAUCCGGUAGCCCUACCAAAUUUGUUUCUUCAAGAAUGAGUGAUAAUUUGCACACAAUAUUUGCAUACCAGCUUCUGAGCCCAAAUCAAGCCCAAUUGAAUUAAAUGGUAAAGGUUGAAUAUUAGGCUAUUUCUCAGCCACCUAGAGAAGAUUCUGCUUAUUCAGUUAUACUGUGUAUUGCUAACAGCAGUAUUUUCUAUAAAGUAGUUUAAAUUACUGACAAUUGUUAUAGUGAUGAAGCCAUAUUUCUGAUGUUUAGGAACAUGACUCUAAUUAAUAAUAUUUUGCUUAAAAUUUCAAGGUUUAAAUUUAUCCAUUUUUCCCAUGACCAGCUGAUGUUCAGAACUGAGAAAAAGCCUUUUUCAGAAUUUCCCUUUUUCUCUGCCUCUCCCCCUUUUUAUUGUUGUUAUGGAAUAGCUCUUAUUAAGAGCCUUAGUUGAAAGGGAAAGCCACCAAUGCCUGUCCAUAGAGUUAAUUCUGCUUCUCUGCAAAAUGGCCAUUGUUGCUAUUCAUGCUGUUUGCAAAUGUCACCCUCAUGCCACUAUAAUCUACAUUGCUGUUGUACUCAUACCAAGUAGAUGAAUAAAGUUUUAAACUUUAUUCUUA